AGACCGUUCAAUGCGCCGCAGCAGUAAGUGCAACCUGCUCGAAAUCCUGUACUCGUUAACUACAUUGCCAAUUCUCAUACACAACCAACCAGACUAAGAUGCCUCUCGGCAACGCCCCGUCGCCUCAGCGACAUCAGCGACAUCCCGCCCACACCAAUAUCCCACCUGUCCGAAGUCGAGGCGGCCAUGCAAGAAGCUGUGUCCAAGUUCGCCAAUGAUGUGAUCCUGCCCAAAGUCCGCGAUAUGGACGAGGCGGAGAAGAUGGACCCGGCCCUGGUGGAGCAACUCUUCGAGCAGGGCUUCAUGGGCGUCGAGAUUCCCGAGGAGUACGGUGGCUCUGGCAUGAACUUCACGGCUGCUAUUGUCGGUAUCGAGGAACUGGCACGGGUCGAUCCCAGUGUCAGCGUCAUGGUGGAUGUGCACAAUACGCUGGUCAAUACGGCCAUCAUCAAAUGGGGCAGCAACGAGAUCAAGAAGAAAUAUCUGCCCGCCCUGGCGACCAACACCGUCGGCUCCUUCUGCCUGUCGGAGCCUGUAUCUGGGUCUGAUGCCUUUGCGCUGGCUACCAAGGCCAUCGAGACGGCCAAUGGCUACAAGAUUUCGGGCAGCAAGAUGUGGAUCACCAAUUCGAUGGAGGCCAACUUCUUCAUCGUCUUUGCCAACUUGGAUCCCAGCAAGAAGCAUAGAGGUAUCACGGCUUUCAUAGUCGAAAAGGACACCAAGGGUUUCUCGAUUGCGAAAAAGGAGAAGAAGCUGGGCAUCAAGGCCAGCAGCACGUGCGUCAUCAACUUUGACGAGGUGGAGAUCCCUAAGGAGAACUUGCUCGGUGAAGUGGGCGAGGGCUACAAGUACGCCAUUGGACUCUUGAAUGAGGGCCGAAUCGGCAUCGCGGCGCAAAUGACGGGUCUGGCGCUCGGUGCGUGGGAAAAUGCCGUUAAGUACGUUUGGAAUGACCGGAAGCAGUUCGGCCAGCUGGUGGGCGAGUUCCAGGGCAUGCAGCACCAGAUUGCCCAGUCGUACACCGAGAUCGCUGCCGCUCGCGCAUUGGUGUACAAUGCCGCCCGAAAGAAAGAGGCCGGUCUAGAAUUUGUCCAGGAUGCUGCCAUGGCUAAGCUGUACGCAUCGCAGGUUGCGCAGCGUGUAAGUGGGCUGGCCGUCGAAUGGAUGGGCGGCAUGGGCUUUGUCCGCGAGGGCCUGGCGGAGAAGUACUGGAGAGAUAGCAAGAUUGGUGCUAUCUAUGAGGGAACCAGCAACAUCCAACUCAAUACCAUUGCCAAGUUGCUGCAGAAGGAAUACACUACAUAGUUUAUAUUUGUCGAAAUAAGGGAUAGUGUUGAAGCCCAUCAGGCGAGAGCCAACUUGUUACAGUAAACUAUGUUGAUCGAUUGCGCGCAUUCGUUUCUAAAUUUCAUAGUCCAGAGUGUACUGUUGAUAUAGGAUGUAGAAAUAAAUUGUCUUCAUAUGACCG